CUCAGGUCUCAGGUGUGGGUGUGCCGUGCCGUGUGACCCGGCCUCGGCAGCAACCCCAGCACUUCCCCUGACGUAACCAAUGACACGUGUAUUCAAGAUGGCGGCCGCGGCUAUGGAGACGUGGUGGGCCUUGCUGUUGUUGUCCAUGUUGCCUGCGGUCCGGCCCUUCUAUGUUCCCGGCGUUGCUCCCCGCGACUUCCAUGAGAGUGAGACAGUAGAUAUUAAGGCAGUAAAGCUCACCAGCUCCCGUACCCAGCUCCCAUAUGAAUACUACUCCCUGCCUUUCUGUAAGCCAGAUGCUGUUUUCUACAAGGCAGAGAACCUGGGUGAAGUGCUGCGUGGGGACCGUAUUGUGAACACACUCUACAAUGUUGCCAUGAACCGGAACAAGAAAUGUGAGAUGGUGUGCAACAAGAAAAAGCUCAGCAUAGAGGAGAGCAAGCUGGUUGCUGAGCGAAUCCAGGAGGAGUAUUAUGUUCAUCUUAUUGCAGAUAACCUUCCCGUUGCUACAAGGUUGGAGUUUUACCCCAACAGAGAGGCUGGAGGAGAAGAAGAGCAGAAGAAGGACAUAGUGAAGGAUGUCCAGUUUGAGCAUGGCUACAGACUGGGCUUUGCAGACAACAACAAGUUCUAUCUGCACAACCACCUGUCCUUCAUCCUGUACUACCACAGGGAGAAGCUGGAGCAGGGGGAUGAGCAUGACUACAGGGUGGUGCGAUUUGAGGUUGUUCCCCAGAGUGUCAAGGUAGAUGAUCUGAAGCCAGUUGAAAACGAGAAGACUUGCACCCUGCCUGAGGCCAGUGGCUCUGCCCCCCAGGAGAUUGACCCAACCAAGGAGAACGAGGUCCUCUUCACCUACUCUGUGCAGUGGCAGGAAAGCGAAGUGAAGUGGGCAUCUCGAUGGGACACAUACCUGACCAUGAGUGAUGUCCAGAUCCACUGGUUCUCCAUUGUCAACUCUGUGGUGGUCGUCUUCUUCCUCUCUGGUAUUCUGAGUAUGAUCAUUAUCAGGACACUGAGGAAGGAUAUCGCCAACUACAACAGAGAAGAUGACAUAGAGGACACCAUGGAGGAGUCAGGGUGGAAGAAUGUUCAUGGUGAUGUCUUCAGACCGCCUCAGUAUCCCAUGAUCCUCAGCUCUCUGCUGGGCUCAGGCAUCCAGCUCUUUUGCAUGAUCCUCAUUGUCAUAUUCGUGGCCAUGUUGGGGAUGUUGUCUCCAUCCAGUCGAGGAGCCUUGAUGACCACUGCUUGCUUCCUCUUCAUGUUCAUGGGUGUAUUUGGAGGCUACUUUGCUGGCAGACUGUACCGCACACUGAAGGGCCAUCGGUGGAAGAAGGGAGCAUUUUGUACAGCAACUUUGUAUCCUGCUGUGGUUUUUGGAAUCUGCUUUGUCCUCAACUGUUUCAUCUGGGGAGAGCACUCCUCUGGGGCGGUUCCCUUCACCACCAUGCUGGCCCUGCUGUGUAUGUGGUUUGGCAUCUCCAUGCCCCUGGUCUACCUAGGUUACUACUUCGGUUUCCGCAAGCAGCCAUAUGACAACCCUGUACGCACCAACCAGAUCCCUCGGCAGGUCCCAGAGCAGCGCUGGUACAUGAACAAGUUUGUCGGAAUCCUGAUGGCAGGCAUUCUGCCAUUUGGUGCCAUGUUUAUCGAGCUCUUCUUCAUCUUCAGUGCUAUCUGGGAGAAUCAAUUCUACUACCUUUUUGGCUUCCUGUUUCUGGUCUUCAUCAUCCUGGUGGUCUCCUGCUCCCAGAUCAGCAUAGUCAUGGUUUACUUCCAGCUCUGUGCAGAGGACUACCGGUGGUGGUGGAGAACCUUCCUGGUGUCAGGAGGCUCAGCCUUCUAUGUUCUUGUUUACGCCAUUUUCUACUUUGUCAACAAGUUGGACAUCGUGGAGUUCAUCCCUUCCCUCCUCUACUUUGGCUACACAGCACUGAUGGUCCUGUCGUUCUGGCUGCUAACAGGCACAAUUGGCUUCUAUGCAGCCUACAUGUUCAUCAGGAAAAUCUAUGCUGCUGUCAAAAUUGACUGAGUCAUCACUGUUGCUGCUGUCCUUCAUUUUUGUUUUUUGUUUUUGUUUUUUGUUUUUGCCACAUCCUGUUUUUGUUUUUGUUUUUUUAAUAUUUUUUUAUUUGUUAUAUUCAGCAAGCACUGACUUGUGUACAGAAGGAAGCAUGAGGUGGGUUUUUAUGGUGCGACAGCUCCACCCACUGGCCCGAGGAAGAACAGCAAGAUGGCAGCGUCGGCCUUUGCUGUUUGUCUCUCCCUCUCCCCCUCCCUCCUUUCCUCCCUUCUUUACUGGACAGAGAGACAGGGUGAAUUCUCCUAUGAUGGGACAAUUCAUGUAUUCUGCUCUUUCACCUUGCACACAACAUAAUGGGCCAAAGUAUGUCAAGUGAUGGUCUCUGUACAUUUUUGUUUUGUUGUUUCAUGUGUGUUUGGGGUUGGGCAAGCCUAACUAAUCCAGGUUUUUAUUUUUGUCAUUGCAACAUUUAUCUGAGAACUCAUUUGUUUUAAAUCUUUUUUCUGGUAAGCUGUUUUCACGUUUCUGUCUUUUCUCUAUGUUCCUGUUUUCAAAUUUAGUUUUGUUUAAUUUCAGAGACUUUUACGAUCAGAGGAAGGUUGGGGGUCAAGCUGUGGUUACGGUGUUAAGUUUGUCGGGUUGAGCGCAUAUGGAAAUUAUGCUGGGGAGUUCUACAUUGUAACAUGAGAAAGGAUAUUAAAAUGUUGUAUUAUUUUUUAUUGCAGUUUCCAUGUCCUGGUGUGACCAUUUAACCACAACUGCAAUCAAAAUAUCAGUUUGUCCUUUCAAAACAAUGGUUUCUCUUUAAUGUUGAAAUAUUGGUCCACUUGCCCCAAAUGAUACUGAACGCCACUGAGUAGGAAUGCACUAAAGUAUGUGAACCCAUUGCCCUGAAUCAAUGGACUACAGUGCUUGGGUGAAGCCACUGGUGUUAGAGAAAAGGAAAUGCUAUUGAAUCAAAACCUUUAAAUGAGAAGGCAUAAUCUUUUGUUCUGGAAACAUACACGGUCUUUUGUCUACAACUCAGUAUGUCUAUGAAGCUUUCCCAGCAGUCACUUGCAAAAAUGUACAUUUUUCCCCAUCAGUGACCAUGCCAUCAGUGUAGCCCUAGCAGUGCUGGUUGCCUGCUGAACUAUGCAUAUGUGGAAAGGGGUGCAAAAUCGCUGUCUGCAAUGUUUACUUUGAAGGAUCAUUUUUUUUGUUGAAGGAUGAUGCUUCAUUUUAAUUUCCGUUCAGAUGUAUGACUCAUUGUUUCAUGUACAUCAUGGGAAAAAAAAUUUGUGAAAGUGAGCAAGAUCCAUCUUUCGCUGACUCCAUGUGACUCUGCCAGUUGAGGUAGUUGUCAUUUAGACAGCACUUGGAUGUCUCAGGAUGAUCAUUCUGCAAUUUGAUAAUGUAGGAGGAUUCUGUUUGUUUCUGUUGAACUACGUUGUACUUUCACUGGAUGACUGCAGAGUAUUGAAGUGUAAUCCAUGGUGUUCACAUUAGAUCUACACAGAAGGGUUUGACCGAUAAGGGCUCUAGAAGUCCAGCACCCAUCAUUAUCUUGCAGUAAAACUAUUUUUUUGUGCCAUUACUCAGUGUUUAUCAGCUGAGUCGAAAAGCUUCUUAAACCACAUUUAGACCACGGGAUGCUAAAUUUCUCCAAUAAAAUCGGGGAUAAUAAGAACAUUGAUGCAUAUUAGUGUGAUCAAAAUGUGGCGCGGAGUCAAUUCAGUUUUAAGGGCUUCCAUAGACAACCAGUGUAGUGUUGAUCAAUCACACAACAUGAAAUAAACAAUCGUCCGUCACAUCAGAGGUGGACAACUGGCCAGUAUCGGUCUAACCCUGCCACGCUGUUACAGUGCUGUACAGUCACUGUACAGUCAUUACUCUUUGCUGCCUUGAGACAGAUGUUGGCUGCUUACAGAGUGUGAACGUGCUCUGGAUGUAGAAGGCUUUACGGUAAUUAUACUGCACAACACUGGGCUGGCAGGCCAAACACGGCAUCACACAUGACAAUAUUUGUUUUGCCAGCUUUGACGCAGGGUUAUGAAGAAGUCAAGGCUCAGACAGCUGGUCUGAUUUUUAAGAGAUUAAAUAGCAAAUGAUUCAAUCUUUGGGUACUUUUUUUUUUUUUUUUUUUUUUAAAGUUUGGGUUUGUUUUCUCUAGUCAGUGGUGGUGGUCUCUGGUUCAGAUUUAACAUCCUGACACCGAAAGCAUCAGCUCGAGGAUGAAGUGCAGCAGGUUGGCAGGGAACAUGAGGCCUCGUCACCUGAACUGGAGCUUCUCCUGAGCAGAUGUGCGCUUUCUGAAGUUCUGUGAUUGAAGCAGCUGACAGUGGAGCUCUUUGAGCCAAACUUGCAUUCUUUUUUAGUUUCCACAAAACUAAAAAAAAAAAAAAAAAAAAACACACAGGGCAUAGGGCGCACGCCAAGCCCUCGAGGCAGACGUUUAUCACUGCUGAUAUCUGUGUCAGUGGCUACCAUCAAACUGACUAUAGCUGAGGACCUAGUUAUAGAGCGGUAGGCGGGUUUUGCACAGAAAACUAGAGAUGAUUCAAUGGUGCAGGGCUACAUAGAAGGGAGACAGGUGCCUAGAUCAACCCUGAUUCUCCAGGGGUGAAACAGUUACAGUGAGCCACUGAAUGAGUGAAUGACUGAUCCUCCUCUGCCACCACUUCCCCUCUUUCCUUUCUUCAUCGCCACCUGCCUCAUAGUCAAAUCAACCUAAGACACUUGCUGAGAUAUUAGAGAGUUGUUUGGGUAGAGCAAAAUAAGCAAAAAAAUAUAUAUAUAUAUUGAAAUUGCUCCUUAAUACCAGGCAAGGCAGCUUAUAAUUAAACCUAACAAGUUGCUUCAGGUCUUUAAUUCUUACAUUUAGGGAGUGUAUUUCAGGCCCGGACAACUUCUCUUUUGUUUAUUUUCCUUUUUCACUCUACCAGUUUCUCUCCAUCAUCUCAUACACGAUGUGCUGUCAGUCUUUUUUUUCCCUCCCUCUGUAUCCUGUGAAGGAGUUGUUGAGCUCUGACACUUGGCUGCUGUCUUACAUCAAGACAGAGAGACACUCUUCUCCUGGCGCUGAGGUACACAGACCAGGGGAGAUUUUUUACAGAUAAGACUUUUAGCGGCCCGAGUCAUGCGUGCGUUAUGUGUGAAUGAGGGUUCUACAAUGUAAAUAAAAGAAGAAGAAAAAAACAGCUUUGUAUUGUUGCGUUUCGCUGUUUGUGGCGCUCUCUGUAAAGUAUAGAUCCUGUCAUUGUUUUAGCCAAAAGCAUGAUGCUCAUGACUUUUAAGGAACUUGUUUCGGUUAUUUUUGUUUUGUUUUGUUUUGUUUUCUCUUUGUUUCUUUUACAGAAUGUCCAAUUAUAAAAUGUACAAUGAUGAAACAAUAAAGUGCUGACAAGUGGAAUUUGAAAA